AUGUCUGAUAUUGCUUCUGGCUUAUUACUACAACUAAAAGACUAUGAAAAAUGUAACGAUGGAUUGGCAAUCAAGAUAAAAAAGACGAUAUUAGAACCCUUUCAAGUCGAUCUCAACCGCCCCGAGUCAGCUCGUAGACCACCUACAACAACCAAGUUUAAACAAAUGGCAACACAACUUGCACCGAUCGCUAUGCGUAUCGUCAACCAAAACAUAGAAACACUUGUGGGACUCAAAAGGGCAACAUUGAGUACUGGAGACUAUACUAUUGCAGUGAAUUGUUUGCUAGAUACCUCUUUUUAUGCCCUAACAGCACUUCGGCACAUGAAUACCUAUACAGCAUUGAAGCCUUUGGAUAUUGAGAAAGCUACGUCGAAUUUGAUCUGCAAAAUGGUUGAAUUGGGUGAACAUCAACGCGCAUUAGACGAAAUUCGUAAAUUCCGUGUACUAUUGGCAGGUAUUGCCAAAGUACAAUUGAACCCUAAAUCAUUACCUGCUACUGUGAUUGACAGCACACAAAAGAACAUCGUAAAGGGUGGAUUGACUGAAUCUUUGCCUAAUAGUUCAAGUUUUGCCAAAAAUAACACAACAGAUAUACCCGAGUUUAUGAUCAAGAAUCAAUGGGAAAACGAAAUGCUUAAAGAAUACCAAGAUCUCUUUCAAUUUCCUUUGGAUGCUAGUAUUAAUGAUAGAACCAUGAUUCUGCUUGUACUAGCCUAUCAAAUGAACACAAUUCGAAGUUGGUGUGAAAUCAAUGAAGGUGCCUUGUCCAAGUAUGUGCCUUAUUUCUUGGAAAGAUCAGGCAGUUUUAUUGAAUGGUGUAAACACUUGUUAAAGAUUGACCAGACAACAGCAAAAAAGCAAUUAGAUACACUGCAUAAACUACUAUACAAAGCUACAAAUCGACUCCCUUCAUCAGAAGAAGCGUCCUUUCAUUCAUAUCAUAUUCAAGUGUUUGCAUUAAAAGCAUUGACAAUUUCAGGAUCGACUUCAUUGCAAUCUAUUAUGGACCGUUUAGUAGUGAUUGGCACUACUUAUGAAAAAGCAACAAGUCAAGGCAAGUAA